UGGCCGGGGCCACCAUGGGGACGGAGCGGGACAGCUGCUGCGCCGCGCCCUGAGCUGCCUCGGCCCCUCCGAAACACCCGCGGUCGCGAAUAUGGCCCUGGAGCAGCUGUGCGCGGUCCUCAAAGUGUUGUUAAUAACGAUACUUGUAGUGGAAGGGAUUGCUGUGGCCCAGAAGACCCAAGAUGGACAAAAUAUUGGAAUCAAGCACAUUCCUGCAACUCAGUGUGGCAUUUGGGUUCGAACCAGCAAUGGAGGUCAUUUUGCUUCACCAAAUUAUCCUGAUUCAUAUCCACCAAACAAGGAGUGUAUCUACAUUUUGGAAGCUGCUCCACGUCAGAGAAUAGAGUUGACCUUUGAUGAACAUUAUUAUAUAGAACCAUCAUUUGAAUGUCGGUUUGAUCACUUGGAAAUUCGAGAUGGGCCAUUUGGUUUUUCUCCUCUUAUAGAUCGCUAUUGUGGCAUGAAAAGCCCUCCAUUAAUUAGGUCAACAGGGAGAUUCAUGUGGAUUAAGUUUAGCUCUGAUGAAGAACUCGAAGGUCUGGGAUUUCGUGCAAAAUACUCAUUUAUUCCAGAUCCAGACUUUACUUACCUAGGAGAUUGCCAGUUUGAGCUAUCAGGAGCUGAUGGAAUAGUGCGUUCCAGUCAGGUAGAACAAGAAGAGAAAACAAAACCAGGCCAAGCAGUUGAUUGCAUUUGGACAAUUAAAGCUACUCCAAAAGCUAAGAUUUAUUUGAGAUUUUUAGAUUAUCAAAUGGAGCACUCAAAUGAAUGCAAGAGAAACUUCGUUGCAGUCUAUGAUGGAAGCAGUGCUAUUGAAAAUCUGAAAGCCAAGUUUUGCAGCACUGUGGCCAAUGAUGUAAUGCUCAAAACAGGAGUUGGAGUGAUACGGAUGUGGGCAGAUGAAGGUAGUCGGCUUAGCAGGUUUAGAAUGCUCUUUACUUCCUUUGUGGAACCUCCCUGCACAGGCAGCACUUUCUUCUGCCAUAGCAACAUGUGCAUCAAUAACUCCUUAGUCUGCAAUGGCAUUCAAAACUGUGCGUACCCUUGGGAUGAGAAUCACUGUAAAGAAAAGAAAAAAUCUGGACUGUUUGAACAAAUCACUAAAACUCAUGGAACAAUUAUUGGCAUUACAUCAGGGAUUGUCUUGGUUCUUCUCAUUAUUUCUAUUUUAGUACAAGUGAAACAGCCCCGGAAAAAGGUCAUGGCUUGCAAAACUGCCUUUAAUAAAACUGGGUUCCAGGAAGUGUUUGAUCCUCCUCAUUAUGAACUCUUUUCACUAAGGGACAAGGAGAUUUCUGCAGACCUGGCAGACUUGUCAGAAGAAUUGGACAACUACCAGAAAAUGCGGCGCUCAUCCACUGCCUCCCGGUGCAUCCAUGACCAUCACUGUGGGUCACAGGCAUCCAGUGUCAAACAAAGUAGGACCAACCUCAGUUCCAUGGAACUGCCUUUCCGAAAUGAUUUUGCACAGCCACAGCCAAUGAAAACAUUCAAUAGCACCUUCAAGAAAAGUAGCUACACUUUCAAACAGGCACAUGAGUGCCCGGAACAGGCCCUAGAAGACAGAGUAAUGGAAGAGAUUCCCUGUGAAAUUUAUGUCAGAGGGCGGGAAGACUCUGCACAAGCAUCCAUAUCCAUCGACUUUUAAUCUCCACUAAAGGUGACAUUAAUUAUUAAGUAUGUGUGUAUGCAGCCAACAGAGCACCCAUUCUGUUUGCAGCAGUCAGUCCUUUUCUCCCAUCAAAACUUCUCAUCUCCUGUUAACCUUGGUAAUAGUGAUGUUUUUAUUUUCUCAGGCAGUAAUAAUAUUAAACCAACCAAGGAGCUUAAUAUAUUCAUGGAAAACUCAUCACCACCUGUUGCUUGGCAUCAGAUGAGCAAAGCACCACAAUUAAUUAUCAGUCGAAGAGAGGAGAAGUCCUGUUGAGCUGGGCUCAGGCUGCCUGGUAAUUGUAACAUCAGGAAUACUGCUGACUGAUAGAGCUUUAUCACUAUUUCAAUCCCAUGAUAAAUUUAAAAAUAAGAUUUUUCUUACAUUUCUUUUAUUUUUCUUUAAUUUGCUGUAGGUGCCUGUGGUGUCACCAUUUCAGUUUCUCACAUGAGUGGCUCUGUAGCAUCCUGCACAGACCCUUGUCCCUUGGUUUCCAAGACUCUUAGUAUAGCAAGUGCCAAUGAAGACUCAUUUCACUCCUUUCUUCUUAACUAAUUUCUGUAGUACUGCCUUUUAGUGACUGCUAUUUAGGCCUUACUUUCUGUGAGAGGUAGGUGAUAGGAUUCAUUACCUUUAAAUCAUAUUUUUCCUAGUUACACUAGAAAAUUUUAAAAUUCUGGGAUGUAUGUGCCAUUGCUGCUAUGACAAAGAAUUUGAGAAAGAAGAAAACUUCUAGCAAGCCUUUAAAAUGUCCUACAUGUGGUCAUAGUCAGUGACAUCCCUUUCACUCCACAAUAGUCAUUUAAUUUGCUUGUAGGGAAGCCUGUAAUUAUGUUCAUUUGCAGCACUCUCACGACCAGAUCAAUGCUUUCUAUUAUUUUUGUAAAAACAAUUAUUUUGCUCCCUUCCUAGUGGUUUGCUUUUUAGCAUAUGGUAACCAUGGUUGUAUGAGAGUUAAAGGAAAAUUCUCUGAAAACAGUGUGAGCAUCUAAAUUGCUUCUUUGUUGGGACAGCACAUUUUUCUAGCUAUUAUCAAAAAUAACAAUUUGAACUUUUUUUUAAACUGCACUUUUGACCUUAUGUUUUUUAUGGUAUAUAAAACAAUAAUUUAUAAACAUGCUAUAAAAACUCUUGUGUUUUUUUAGACUUUUGAUAUCAUUUGAUACUGUACAAUCUUUAUUAAAUCUAAAAGAUCUGCACUACAGAUUUAUUUCACUAUUCACGUUAGUGGCUUUGUGUGCUGUGAUGGAACUGUUUGCUCUAAUUUAUUAUAAACAUGUUGGUAUAUGUACAUAAGCCUUUUCUUUCUGAUGAUGAUUUUUCACAGUGUGGUAUUUAUUGCUCUAAGUCAUUACACAAAUAUUAAAAUAUGCAUUGUUACUUGAUACGUCAGUUGUUAUUUUUGGCACUGAGAUUUUGGCUCUUAAGAGAUGUGUACAAAGGACUUCAUUUAUCAAAUUAUAAUUAAUAUAGAUAUGCUACUUAAGAGAUAAAUUUUUAUUUUCUACAUUUUGUAGUAAAUUUUC